AUGGCAAGCCCCAAACCCAAGAUGACAGCAUCCGAGCCCGUACUUCAAGUCCUCAAGACGGCCGACUUCAAUAUCACCGCCCCCGAAUUUGUUCCGAAGCAAGUUAAUUGUGGAUUAGGCUCUGUUACCAAACUGUUAACUGGUAAUGACGAGCUCCUUCCAUCACUUGGACUCCCGGAGUCCUCGUCUACUGAAGGGAUCAACGUCUCGACAGUUACUGAAGAUGUGCUAUCUACCCCAACUCCGUCCUCCAUCACUUCUUUCGCGCAUCUUGUCAAAUCGACUUGCCAAAUUUCCGAGUCUGAUUCACAGAGUGCAGAUGUCUCGAUGCUCAGUAUGACUGACGAUGACAGCGAAAUAUCGUCGGCUGACGUAAGCUUCGCAACCGAGCCUCCUAAGACCCCUAUUCUGUCUGCCCCAAGCCUGGAGCUCGAAAACUUGGAUAUUUCUCCUACUGGAGGUCUUGGGGGAGGAGUUCUCUGUGGUAUUCCUAGUACCAAACACGCCGAGUCAGCUUCGCAGACAGAAGCAUCCCCCAAGGGAAACCGGUAUCUGGAGGGACUCGUACCUCAUAACGAACCGCCCAAGCCCAAGCACCGACCAUUCCCUCCUCAACGCUCGUGCAACAUUCACAUUCAAAAUCUGCCGGAGCAUUAUGAGGACGCCGAGCUUUCGGCGUUGUGCGAAGAGUUUGGUCACAUUGUCAGCGUUCGUGUAUUUCGUCGUCCUGUUUCUGCGCCGCCGAGUCGCCGCCUGCCUGAUGGUCAGCAUUCUACCUAUGGUUUUGUUCUAUUUGACAACAUCAAUUCUGCUGAGAACUGCGUCAACACGCUUCGUCGUCGUUACAAGAAUAUAUAUCCUUCGUUUGCUAGACAAGCAGCGCCUGCCGUUCAUCAACCCGCAUUUGUGGGUCUCCUCGAAGCUAUGGCUUUUGGGGAUUUGCACGGCGCGGAUUCUAACCUAGAGGGUCUGGAACAAUGGAGCAACGCAGACACGGUAUCCGACCCGCACUCGCACUCGCAGUACGAUCCUGGGGCAAACGCUAUGGGCCCUGUCUAUCACACCCCAACUCAUGACAUUCCUCGGGUCUCUGAGCCGACUACUUUGGCUAGCGCCGGGUCUGCCGAUAACAUUCAACCGACGCUUGUCUCUGCACCCAUGGAGAUCAAUAUUCGCCCGCAUGCUAUAGCCAUCAAGCCUAUGCCGCCCCCAAUUCAGUCAUACAUCGCUCCAAGCACCACCAUGGAUCGCAUCAAUUCGAUCCUCAAUUCAAAGUCGAUUCUGUUGAUCGUUGAUGGCCUUCCUAAGGACUUUGGUGUGGGGCUACUGGAUACACUCUUUGCGCCGCAUGAAAUCCAUGACGUGCGUCUUCACCGCAAAGGGCCAACUGGUGCCGUCCGGGGCUCAGUUAGGGUCUCGAGCCGGUUGGCAGCCCUCCAAUCGAUCGAAAAGCUAACUGGCAUGCAAUUCGGCGGCCUCGCUGGUGGACUUCACGUCCGUUUGGCUGAAGAGGUGCCGGGCGACCACGGAGAGAAUGAUUCAGGUUCGACCGCACCAACUCUUCCCUCGUAUCGUACAUUACCGGACGUUCAAGAGUAUCAGUCUAUGUUAGCUCCUCCAAUCCAUCCCGCUCUUGUCGCCUCCACAUCGGCACCAGCCGUGACUUCCAUGCUUGGGUCUGGGCUCAAUGCUCUUCUAUUCGCGUCCGAGUCUUGCGCUGAUGGCCUUAUUGCGGGAUCUCAGAUGGCCCCCCCUGUUCUUCAGGUUUCGCCUUCGACCGGAGGAAUAUUCACUUCUCCAGCACGGUUACAAGUUCCUUUCACACCUGGGCUGUCUAAUUCAAUCUCUAUGCCACAAGUUGCUCCUCGGUUCAUUGGGCAGGGACAACAGAUGGGAUUAUCUCCGUCACUGCGCGUCGGGAAUAUCACGCUUCCCAUAAAUAACGUCAUUUCAUCGGAGAAGUCCCUAUAUGCGUGUGCUAACAUCGCAUCGUCUAACCUACUCGACAAAUUGCCGGCUAUGCAAUCCACUCCUGAGCCCCCGGUGAUCAAGGUUACUAGUUACGCAGCUGUGGCCAAGAAGCCGGUCGUCGCUCUUGAUCCACCUCCUAAAGACGGCACCGGUACCGAUGGUAAAAAGAAGCGCAAGGGUUCCCGUGUAACCAAGGGCAGUGGUAGGGGCGAUGCCAAGGAAUUGCCUGAGGAGGGAUCAAAGCCACUUAUGAACAAAAAAUCAGCUAUUUCUGAUACCGUGGACAACAACACGACAACAGAAUCCCCCUCGGUCGGCCCUACAAAGCUCACGUCGAAUCAGCCAAAGUCAGCCGCAUCCAAGGCAAAGAAAUGGCUAGCUACUCGCCGCCGAACGGGCUCAAAGUCUGCGGCUGCAAAGGCCUGA